GGCGAUUAGAGUUCGCAACAAAAAUCGCGAUGAAGGUGUUGUAGAUGAUUCUUCACUUUCUUAUACUUUGCCGUGCCAAUAACUUAUCACUUUUCAAAGUAUAUCGCCUUUGAUUAAGAGACCAUAAUCAUCCAUUAGCAAAUAUGAAAUUUUUUAUUGACGAUUUACCGGUAAUUUUCCCCUACCCCCGUAUAUAUCCGGAGCAGUACUCCUAUAUGUGUGAUAUAAAGAAAUCAUUAGAUGUUGGAGGAAACUGUAUAUUGGAGAUGCCUUCUGGUACAGGAAAGACUGUUUCAUUAUUAUCUGUCACGGUGGCGUAUCAGAUGCACUAUCCAGAACAUAGGAAAGUAAUUUAUUGCUCACGUACCAUGUCAGAAAUUGAGAAGGCUUUAAUUGAAUUGCACAAAUUGAUGGAUUUCCGAUCGAAAGAGUUAGGUUAUGUUGAAGAUUUCAGAGGAUUGGGUUUGACAAGUAGAAAAAAUUUAUGCCUCCAUCCCGUCGUUGGCAAAGAAAGGACAGGUAUCAUUGUCGAUGAAAAAUGUAGAAGAAUGACUAAUGGUGAGCUUAAACAGAAGAUUGAGAAUGGAGAAGGCGACAUAGAAGAUUUAUGUUCCUUCCACGAAAAACUAUAUGAGAAAGACCCCACCAACUUAAUUCCUCCAGGAGUCUAUUCUUUUGAACAAUUAAUAAAGUAUUGUUCUGCCGAGGGAACCUGUCCAUAUUUUACGAUCAGACGUAUGAUGCCAUUGUGUAACAUUGUCAUUUAUUCUUACCAUUAUUUGAUUGACCCCAAAAUUGCAGAAAGAGUAUCCAAGGAUCUUUCAGGAGAUAGUAUAGUAAUUUUUGACGAAGCGCAUAAUAUUGAUAACGUCUGCAUCGAGUCUUUAUCCAUGGACAUAACAGAUGACUUGUUAAAAAAAGCAACCAAGGGUGCCAACAACUUAAGUAAAAGGAUGGAGGAAGUCAAAAGAAUAGAUAGCACACGUCUUCAGGAUGAGUACGAGAAACUUGUAGAAGGCUUACGUGAGAAUGAUAUUGUCAAUCCCGGUGAAGAAACGUUUAUUGCAAAUCCUGUCUUGCCUAGUGAUGUUUUGGAUGAGGCUAUUCCUGGCAGCAUCAGAAGAGCAGAGCACUUUAUAUCCUUUAUGAAAAGGCUAAUUGAAUACUUGAAAACUAGGAUGAAGGUUCUUCACGUUAUAGCAGAAACCCCCACAUCUUUUCUUCAGCAUUUGAAACAGCUCACAUUCAUAGACAGGAAACCUUUGAGAUUUUGCUCUGAGCGAUUAUCGUUGUUGGUAAGGACUUUGGAAAUUACACAAAUUGAAGAAUUCAUGGCACUAAAAGAUAUAGCUACAUUUGCAUCACUAGUUGCGACAUACGAUUCAGGAUUCACUCUUAUUUUGGAACCAUUUGAGACUGAAAAUGCUACGGUUCCUAACCCAUUGUUACGUUUCUCGUGUUUGGAUGCAUCCAUUGCGAUCAAACCAAUUUUUGAGAAAUUUUCAUCAGUGAUUAUUACCUCCGGUACUAUUUCCCCAUUAGAUAUGUAUCCAAAGAUGUUAAAUUUUGACACUGUCAUUCAACAGUCAUACAGUAUGACAUUGGACCGUCGAUCAUUUUUACCUAUGAUUGUUACUAAGGGUUCAGAUCAGGUGGCCAUUUCUUCUAGAUUCGAAAUUAGAAACGAUCCUAGUGUUGUCAGAAAUUAUGGCACCUUACUGAUUGAGUUCUCAAAGAUCACGCCAGACGGAUUGGUUGUUUUCUUUCCCUCUUAUCUUUAUAUGGAGAGUAUUAUUUCGCAGUGGCAAACUAUGGGUAUUUUGGAUGAAGUUUGGAAAUAUAAGUUAAUAUUGGUGGAAACUCCCGAUGCACAAGAAACCUCAUUGGCAUUGGAGACAUACAGGAAGGCAUGCUCUAAUGGACGUGGUGCAGUUUUGUUGUCAGUUGCAAGAGGUAAAGUCUCCGAAGGUAUUGAUUUUGAUCAUCAUUAUGGUAGAACUGUUUUGAUGAUUGGUAUUCCGUUUCAAUACACCGAAUCAAGAAUUUUGAAGGCUAGGUUGGAAUUCUUGAGAGACAAUUAUCAGAUCAGAGAAAAUGAUUUCUUGUCCUUCGAUGCAAUGAGACAUGCAGCACAAUGUUUGGGAAGAGUUUUAAGAGGCAAAGAUGAUUACGGGGUCAUGGUUUUGGCAGAUCGGAGAUUUGCACGGAGAAAGGGCCAAUUGCCUAAAUGGAUUGCACAGGGCUUACUAGAUGCAGAUACAAACCUCUCGACGGAUAUGGCCAUUGCGUCCGCAAAGAAGUUUUUGCGUACUUCUGCCCAACCUAUCGACAUUAAAAACCAAGAAAGUGGAAUAUCUGUAUGGACCUACGAACAGCUAUUGGAUCACCAAAAAAAGCAGGAAGGGAAUAGGUACAUCGACGAACUAAAAGACAUAGACGGUGAUGAGAUCAUGGCUUAGACGAUUAGUAGUCGAGGUACGGCGAAGUAAUAUUUUGUCCAAGUGUAUCUAUGUAAAAAUAGGUAGUAAGUCUCGUUCCGCUACUAUACGACGCGUUUUCCUCAGUUUUUCAGGCUCGUCGUUUUUUUCCAAAAUAGGGGCAAGUAUAUAAGAAGGUGUUUCGCCUCAGAGCAUUUUACAGAUGAG